UCGCACGUCACCAUACCCAUCACGGGCUGCUCCGGUGCGGACGCGGCCAGGCUUCCUGCUCCGCUCUGCGGCUCCGUGUCUCCCGCUGCUGACAGAUUUCACAAGAGCUGCGCAGAACAAUGGGGUGCCAGGAAGUGCACGCGGUCACCCUGCUGGCUUUUGUCUGCGGUACAGCAUCCAUUGCGGGCCUUUUCACCGCCACCUUGCUGCCUCAGUGGAGGCAGAUGAAACUCUACACCUAUAACAGACACGAAAAAAACCUGACAGUCAGCGUCGGCAUGUGGGUAAAGUGCACUCGGCAGGAGUGGUCCAGGGAGUGCCUGAUGUAUGACGGCGAGUGGUACGCCAGCGUGGACCAGUUAGACAUUCGCGUCCUCCAGUUUGCCAUUCCAUUCAGCAUUCUCACCGCUGGCUCUGCCCUUAUCCUGUGCCUCACCGGGAUAUGUAACACCACCUUUAGCUCCAACUUGCCGAACCUAAAAAUCGCCAGGUGCAUCGUCAACAGUCCCGGCUGCCAUCUCGUGGCCGGCUUGCUGUACAUCCUGGCAGGUAGCAUUAGUCUCACGCCGUCCAUAUGGUCCAUAUUUUAUAAUGACGUUUUGAACAGGAAGUACGGGCCAUACUUUACCUAUGACAUUGCCGUCUUUGUCGCCAUAGGCAGCUCCGGGGGGAUGUACUUCACAGCGCUGCUACUGUUUUUAUGGUAUUGUGCCUGCAAGUCUCUACCGUCACCAUUUUGGCAGCCUCUAUAUUCCCAUGCACCCAGCAUGCACAGCUAUGUCGCCCCUUCAUACUCGUCCCGGUCCCGAAUGUCAGCCAUCGAAAUAGACAUUCCUGUGGUCACACACACGGCGUAGAUCCAUCCCAUCAUUCCUUGUUGUAGAUGAGUGAUUUUAUUUUUUUUAAUGUUUAUUUGGUGGUUUUAUUCUGUUGAUCGAUAUUGGCAGAUUUUUUUUUUAAUUUUUUAUAUAUAUUCUUUAUUUUUUUUUCAUUUUUGUAAUUGUGUUGCUUCUUUAAGCUUUUGUUAACAUGCCAGGUUUUUAUUUUUUGUAAUUUUUCUUUUUACGAGUUGCAUUAACGUUUAAGCCACUUUCCGCUAUGCCUUGAAACUUCUAUUACGUACAGUGAUGUUUUUGCAUAAUGGAAGCCGAAUCACUACGUAUCGUUUAUAUAGCUGUAAUAUCGAUAUUUUUGGAAGCUGAAUAUUGUCUGUGAAUUGGGUCUCUGCAGUUUCAGAUUAUUACGUAAGCCAUGAAGGAUUUAACGCAAAAUAAGACCUACAGUGGUCCAUUCACAUCCCCUCAUUCUCGAUGCCCAGAGUCACCAGCAUCCCAUUAUAUAUGGACCAAAUGAGUGCCUAAAAAAAAAAACAUCAUUGAAUGUUUUGGGGAUUUUUUUUUAAAUAUAUAUAUUUAAUUAAAAAGAUGUUUCCUGAG